AUGCGAGCCCCACAGGUGUCGAGCUCUCCACGGAUCCAGGCGGUGUUGACCAGCUCAUCCUUGGGUCUAGAGGGCUUCAAAGCUCACUCCGUCUUCCAGGAGAUCAGUAGAAAGCUGCAUGAGGACGGAGACCAGUUUGUAAAGAAGAUCGGAGGUGUGUUCGCCUUCAAGGUGAAGGAUGGGCCGGGAGGAAAGGAGGCCGUGUGGAUCGUUGAUGUUAAGAACGGAAAAGGCUCCAUUCACAAUGAUGCUGACGAGAAAUCAGACUGCACCAUUGCCAUGGCUGACUCGGACCUGCUGGACCUCAUGACUGGAAAGAUGAAUCCACAGACCGCGUUCUUUCAGGGCAAACUGAAGAUCACUGGAAACAUGGGCAUGGCCAUGAAGCUUCAAAACCUGCAGCUGCAGCCGGGCAAAGCCAAGCUGUGAGAGGCGGAGCCUCAAAGAGGGCGGAGUCUCAAGUAGCUCCUCCCACUGAGUUCACUCUAUUAUAGUAGCUGCAGGUAUCAGACACUGAAAGUGUUUCUCCGCUAGUUUCAGCCUGUUUC